AUGAUCCACACCAUGUCUUUGAUGCAUGAUGAUCUCCCUUUUAUGGAUAAUGAUGAUUUGCGGCGCGGAAAGCCGACGAAUCACAAGGUUUUUGGGGAGGAUGUGGCUGUUUUGGCUGGUGAUGCACUUCUUGCAUAUGCAUUUGAGCAUAUGGCAGUUGCCACAAAAGGGGUGCCUAGUGAAAGGAUUGUGAGGGUGAUUGGUGAAUUGGCUAAGUGUAUUGGCUCUGAAGGAUUGGUUGCAGGCCAGGUUGUUGAUAUAUGUUCCGAAGGAAAUGCCGACGUGGGAUUAGACCAUUUGGAGUUCAUUCACAUACACAAAACUGCUGCUUUAUUGGAGGGAUCAGUUGUUUUGGGGGCUAUAUUGGGUGGUGCAAAUGAUCAAGAAGUUGAAAAAUUGAGGAAAUUUGCUAGGUGUAUUGGGCUGUUGUUUCAAGUGGUGGAUGAUAUUCUUGAUGUCACAAAAUCUUCUCAAGAAUUGGGGAAAACUGCAGGCAAAGAUUUGUUGGCUGAUAAAACAACUUAUCCGAAGCUGAUCGGAAUCGAUAAAUCGAGAGAAUUUGCUGCGAAAUUGAAUAGGGAAGCUCAAGAACAGCUUGCUGAAUUUGAUCCUGAAAAGGCUGCUCCAUUGAUUGCUUUGGCUAAUUACAUUGCUUAUAGGGACCAUUGA